AUGCUUUUUAUAUUUUUAAUUCUCUUCAUUUCUUCUGAAGCAAGGCAAGUUUAUUUUCAAGGAACAGAGCUACUUUCCGAUGUCAACUAUACUCAGGGCUUUAGUAUUAUUCCAGCUUGCCCACCAACUCCACAAUGUAAUACUGCACCUCGAAGUCGUAUAUAUAAUCCAUUUUCCACCGUUCCUAAUGCUACAGCACCGUGGCAAAUGGUCCAAUGGAAUAGUCACUCCAAUAUUUCAUUGAAUGGCACCUUUAUGAAUGAUAGUCGAAGUCGAGGUAUGCAAUGGUCAACCGAAGAUAAACGUUUCGUUAUUUUUCAAGAUGGUCGUUUACAAAUGUCAGUCAAUGGCUAUCAUGAAUAUAGUGGUAAAUAUAAAGCUCCGGACGCCCCUUGGGUGCAUCUCCUUAUUCAGCAAGACAUUGGAGUUGCUGGUGGUGCCGUACCAUUGAGUGAAGUGACAGAAUUACGAUGGAAUUUAGAUGUUCAACUCUUAUAUAUGAAUCAACAUAUCCAACCAGGUUAUGAUCCGGGUUUACAUGCCGGUAUAUUUCCACUUUAUAUGACCAUUCAAAACUUCAUUUCUGGUGAUCCAGAAUAUGGAAAAUAUUUCUGGUUAGGCCUUUGUCCUUAUGAUGAUCGCGUUCUAAUGAGUCCACUGUAUGUCAAUGGUGAUAAAGGAACAGCUUCGUUGAUAUAUUCGCCAGCAUUUUCCAAUUUUGCCAAUAUGUCUGUGCAUACAGAACGUAUUGUUCAUGUUACAGGCGAUAUGAUGCCAUUCGUUCGACUAGGACUUCAAGCAGCUGUGGAACGUGGUUUUUUACAUUCGACCGAUCUGCGAAAGUAUCAUGUAGGCGCAAUGAAUAUUGGCUGGGAAGUUACAGGAUUAAAUAACGGAACGAUUGAAAUAGGAAACUUCAGUUUGAAACAGUACACUGCUCAGAAUCCGAAAUCGUAUGAAUUCAAUCAGGAUGGCAAUAGAGAAGGAUGGACACCGAAAUCUGCUUCGAAUCAAGAUCUUAGCAGUCCAAAAGAUGGAAAGUGGAUUUUGUCAUCCAUAGAUGGUGAGCAUUUACAGUUAUGGAGUCCUGAAUUGAUGCUUGAUGCAUCGAAAGUGAAGAAAAUAUUCGUCAAUAUGGCAAAUGUCUGUCCAUUAAAUACUUAUUUCCGAUUACUUUGGAGUGAAAAUCAGCAUGGAUUGUUCGAUGAUCAGAAUAGUGUGUCAAUUGAAGUGACAAAUAAUGGAGAGUGGAAAGAAUACGUAGUGGAUUUACCGAUGAAAUCGAAUUGGCAAGGAUUAGUACGUCGACUUCGAAUUGACUCAAUAUGUAAAGAAAACAACACUGAAUUCGGUGUUGAUUAUAUUCGCUUUGCUGGUUAUUAA